GGGGGGGAGAGCCCCCACAGUGCGCAAGCGAAGUGGGUUCAGCGUCUGGAGGAAAGCUCGGGCCUUCCCCGGGAGCUGGAGGGUGGCUGAGGGCUCGGGCGAUCGGGGUGGCCUCCCCCCUCUCCCCUACCCCGGAUGCUUUCAACUUUCUUUGCAGUCUAGGGUUCUUUGAGGCCUUGGUUAGAAAACUAACUCCUCUUUAGCCGCUGCGCACACUCAGAACGCGGCGCGCUGCGUAAUCAAGCCGCAGCCCAGCAGCAGAGAAAAGACACUAAAUAAAGCAACUCUACCAAGGAGAGGAUGCUUAAAAACCCCAAACUCCUGCGGCGGAGCAGCGACUGAUCUUAUUUAAAUGACUCGGUGCCACUUCGCCUCAGCUGCCAGCCAGACCGGGGGAGGCGCUCAGAGCCUCUCCCACCCAGCCAUCAGCCCUCCGGCCCUCUUGAGGCCGAAUCCCACCCUGUCCUCGCGGGACGUGGAGGCUUAGCCCAUAGUCUGCAGUGCACCGCUGGCUGGGGACCGUUCCGGGACGCCAGCCCUGGUCCCCCAGAGCCUCGGGAUGGCAGCUACGAGUCCAGGGCUCGCAGGGCGUCUCCUUCCCAAGGCCUCCAGGCCUCGGGCUUCUCCGGGCACAGCUCCCGGUUCCUAUGCCCGACCGGCUUUUCGAUUCCUGUUGCAGGGUCUCCGGGACCUUGGCCGCCGGUGGCGCCGCUGCGCCCGGCAAACCCACCACCCAGCGCGAGUGCAGCAGUACCACCCCGGCGCGUGGCUGCCGGGUUUAGUGGGGUCUGCACCUGGGCCGGGCUUCGGACAAGCGUGGCAGCGUGUGCAUGGAUGUGCGUGGGUCGGCGUGGGUGCGGGAGCAGGGGCUGCCACCGAGUCCCCGGGCAGGGUUGCGUACAGUAGCGCGCGGGGGCGCGCGGGCCAAUUCCAGGAGCGCGGCGGCGGGCCGCGCCCAGGCUGAGACCGGAAAGGCCUGUGAUUGGCCGCCGCUCGCCCCUAUGCAAACGAGCUGAGGGAAUGGAAUUCCUCCGGCCGGCCUUACAGUAAAAGCACGUUCAUUUCCAGGCACUCUCAUUCAUAGAGCCAGCGGGCGCGGGCAGGACGGGCGCCCCGCGGCCGGACCCAGCCAGGGCACCACGCUGCCCGGCCCUGCGGCUGCCACUUCCAUCCUGAGCUCCGGGGGACGCAAGAAAGUCACCCUCUUUGCGGCUCCUCCUCGAUCUGCGUUGGACCUCCUUGUUUUCCUUUUAUUUUUAUUUUUUUAUUUUUCCUUUCUCACUUUUGAAUGAACUGGCUUUCAUCUAGGCUUGGAUGUUUCAACUUCUUUCCUGGCUGUGAACUUUUCUCCGAUUGUUUCUCUUUGACAACUCCGGGAGAAAGUGUGCUGGGGUUCCGGGAGUGCCGUGAAGUUGCGUGUGCGUGGCAGGGCGCGUGGGAGUGAGCGCGAGCGCGUGUAACUCGAGCCUCCCGGUCUGCGGCGCUUCCUCCCGGGCCCGCUCCACCUGCUGCGGUUACACGGUGCUCGCUCGCUCGUGGGUAUUUGUGCGCCCCAGCAGAAAAACCAGCCAGCCAGCGCCGGGCGACGACGUUGGAGGAAGAUCGUCUUGCUACUGCUAGUCUGGGCUGACUCACUCAACCAAUGUAGACAGUGGCUGGCUUCCGAACAGUGCGUCUGCCUCUGUGACCCAACUUCGGCUCAACUCCCACCAAACCACAGGAUCAGCCACAAACUUAACCAACGUUCCCAAACCCGAGUCCUCAGAUGGGGGAAGCUCUAGCCUGAGCGUCAUCGAGUUUGGCUUUUUUUUUUUUUCCUGAUUAGAUAGAGGUCUCUGUAAAGCUAAAUUUUCUGCACUGACCAUUUGUCCAGAAUUUAUUGAGUAAUGACAAGUGAUUCUACCCCAGCCUUUGAACUACUGAAGCUGAUUUUCAAGGCUACUUAAAAAAAAAAAAAAACUUCAGCGAACAUUAAUGGAUUUCUGUUGUGUUUAAAUUCUCUACAGAUUGUAUUGUAAAUAUUUUAUGAAGUAGAUCAUAUGUAUAUAUUUAUAUAUACGAGCACAUACAUUACUAGCACAAUCUUUUAAAGUUGCGGCUCUUGCUUUUGAGAACCGAAGUGAGUUUUUCAUAAGAGGGGAGCCCUGUAUGGAAGACACUCCUAAGUUUUGUAUUUCGUUGGGACUUUAAACAAAACUGAUCUGCAAGAAAGAAAAGCAAACUGACGGGCAAUUAACUGCUGGAACUUCCAAAUCUAGUUUUUGCUGUUCAUUUUUUGUUCUACGCAUAAAUAUUUUAGGACGUGUACGGGAAUUUUGCCUCCGGGACCGUUUGUAAUAGCCAAAGAUUGAACUUCAGCUUUGAAAGCGAGCCUCCAUUGGGCAUUUGACUUUGGAUUCUGGUUGCCCACUCUUUAAUGCACUAAUCGGCCAGUUGUUAGCCCUGCUUGGGUGUGAGGGCCGAUCCGAGUAACUAGAACUCAGUCCGGGACUGUUGGUAAUUUAGCCUCCCUCCUCCCCCACAACCCUCCGGUAGUGAUAAAGUCUCCUGAACUUGUAUGUUGGUCUCCCGGGAGCUGCUUGCAGAAGAUCCGAGCCCGUGUUGCCGCCGUCUAGUAGGAGCUGUUUUCAGGGUCCUUACUCAAUCGGCUUGUUGUGAUGCGUAUCCCCGUAGAUGCCAGCACAAGCCGCCGCUUCACGCCGCCUUCCACCGCGCUGAGCCCCGGCAAGAUGAGCGAGGCGCUGACGCUGGGCGCCCCGGACGCCGGCGCCGCCCUGGCCAGCAAGCUGAGGAGCGGCGACCGCAGCAUGGUGGAGGUACUAGCUGACCACCCCGGAGAGCUGGUGCGCACCGACAGCCCCAACUUCCUGUGCUCCGUGCUGCCCACUCACUGGCGCUGCAACAAGACCCUGCCCAUCGCUUUCAAGGUGGUGGCUCUAGGGGACGUUCCGGAUGGCACUCUGGUCACCGUCAUGGCAGGCAACGAUGAAAACUACUCAGCAGAGCUGAGAAACGCGACAGCGGCCAUGAAGAACCAAGUCGCAAGAUUCAAUGACCUCAGGUUUGUCGGUCGGAGCGGUAGAGGCAAGAGCUUCACUCUGACCAUCACCGUCUUUACCAACCCCCCACAAGUCGCCACCUACCACAGAGCCAUCAAAAUCACAGUGGACGGCCCGCGAGAACCCCGAAGACAUCGGCAGAAACUAGAUGAGACCAAGCCGGGGAGCUUGUCCUUUUCCGAGCGGCUCAGUGAACUGGAGCAGCUGCGGCGCACGGCCAUGAGGGUCAGCCCGCACCACCCAGCCCCCACGCCCAACCCUCGGGCCUCCUUGAAUCACUCCACUGCCUUUAACCCUCAGCCUCAAAGUCAGAUGCAGGACGCGAGGCAGAUCCAGCCGUCCCCACCAUGGUCCUAUGAUCAGUCUUACCAGUACCUGGGAUCGAUCACCACCUCUUCUGUGCACCCAGCGACACCCAUUUCACCUGGACGUGCCAGUGGCAUGACGAGUCUCUCUGCAGAACUUUCCAGUCGACUUUCAACGGCCCCGGACCUGACCGCCUUCGGCGACCCGCGCCAGUUCCCCACGCUGCCGUCCAUCUCCGACCCGCGCAUGCACUACCCCGGUGCCUUCACCUACUCUCCGCCCGUCACGUCGGGCAUCGGCAUCGGCAUGUCGGCCAUGAGCUCGGCCUCUCGCUACCACACCUACCUGCCGCCGCCCUACCCCGGCUCCUCGCAGGCGCAGGCCGGGCCCUUCCAGACCAGCUCGCCCUCCUACCACCUGUACUACGGCGCCUCUGCCGGCUCCUACCAGUUCUCCAUGGUGGGCGGCGAGCGAUCGCCCCCGCGCAUCCUGCCGCCCUGCACCAACGCGUCCACCGGCGCCGCGCUGCUCAACCCCAGCCUCCCCAGCCAGAGCGACGUGGUGGAGACCGAGGGCAGCCACAGCAACUCGCCCACCAACAUGCCACCCGCGCGCCUGGAGGAGGCGGUGUGGCGGCCCUACUGAGCGCCCGAGGAGGGACUGAGCCCGGCUGCACCUGCCGUCCAUGCACAGACCCCCGCCAGGAGGGCCCUCGGAGGCCAACAGGAAGAUUCCCGGAGGGAAACUGUGAAUGCUUCUGAUUUAGCAAUGCUGUGAAUAAAAGAAAGAUUUUAUACCCUUGACUUCACUUUUUAACCACGUUGUUUAUUCCAAAGAGUGUGGGAUUUUUUUUUUUUUU